GCUGCUCCCAUCUGAUGCCGACUGGAUGCGGAGCUCCGCUCACAUCUCCAUCCUCUCUCCAUCCCCUUCUCCUCUGACAUCUAGAGCGUCUCCGUUUUCUUUUCCCUCCGGUUGCUCCUGACCAGGAUGUGGCACUCUGUGGCUCUUCUCCUCUCUGGACUCUCCGCUUUGAUCAACGUGUCUUUGCAGGGGCCUCACCAGAGGAACCUGCUGAAAAACCUCCUGAAGGACUACAACCGGAUGGAGCGGCCAGUGGGGAAUGACUCCCAUCCUCUGACUGUCUUCUUCACCCUCAGUUUGAUACAGAUCAUGGACGUGGAUGAGAAGAACCAGGUGUUAACCUCCAACAUGUGGCUUCAGAUGAGUUGGUACGACCACUACCUGCAGUGGAACCAGAGCGACCACCCUGGCGUGAAAAACCUUCGCUUCACCACAGAUCAGAUCUGGACUCCAGAUAUUCUGCUCUACAACAGUGCAGAUGAUGACUUCGACUCCACCUUUAAGACCAACAUUCUGGUAAACUCCAGCGGCUUUGCAAAGUAUCUCCCUCCAGGAAUCUUUAUGAGCACGUGCAACGUGGACGUCCGCUGGUUCCCAUUCGACAUCCAGAAAUGCGAGUUAAAGUUUGGCUCCUGGACAUACGACGGCUGGCUGCUGGACCUCCAGAUGACCGAUGCUGACAUCUCAGGAUACAUGCCCAACGGAGAGUGGGACUUAAUUGGUGUUCCUGGAACCAGAAAUGAGGUUUUCUACGACUGCUGCAAGGAGCCGUACCCAGACGUGACGUUCGUGAUCACGAUCCGCAGGCGGACGCUCUACUACGCCCUGAACCUGCUCAUCCCGUGCGUGCUGCUUUCCUCCAUGACCCUGCUGAUCUUCGUGCUGCCGGCCGACUCUGGAGAGAAGAUUUCACUGGGUAUCACCGUUCUGCUGUCGCUCACUGUUUUCAUGCUGCUGGUGGCUGAGAUAAUGCCCGCCACGUCGGACUCUGUCCCGCUCAUAGGUCAGUACUUUGCCAGCAUAAUGAUCAUCGUUGGGAUGUCCGUCAUUGCCACAGUUGUGGUUUUACAGUAUCAUCACCACGAUCCAAAUGGAGGGCACAUGCCGAAAUGGGUGCGUCUCGUUUUGCUGCAGUGGGUCGCCUGGUUCCUGAGGAUGAAGCGGCCAGGGGAGAACGACGAUCCGGAGCGACCGCCCUGCGCCCCGCACCUACGCCGCUGCUCCUCGGGAUCACAGAGCGGCAGCAUUCCCAACCCUCCCGACCCAACCCUCCACCCGCUGCACCCGCAGAACCUGACGCCUCUCCAGACGGGGCCCCUCCACGCGGGACACCCUCACCUGCAAACCAGCGCCAACAACAACGGGAACCUUCUCUACAUGGGCUUCCCGAGCAUCGAGGACUCUUCGGUGCUGUCGGAGCCCGUCCAGAGGAACAACAUCUCCGUAGGACCUCCACGGGUGGCAGGAAGUCCGCCUCCUCACCUGUCGUCGCAGUUCUGCAGCUCCCCUCCGCCUCCAACUCCCAACAUGGACACAGUGGGGUGUCCCAGCACUGUCUCUAGUGGUGGGGGGUUUGGAGGGGGACCAGGAGGGUGCUCGACAUCUGUGAUGGGCGACCCGCAGCUGCAGGCCAUCCUGGAGGAGGUGCGCUACAUGGCAGACCGUUUCCGAGAGCAGGACGAGACCGAGAGCAUGGCUGACCAGUGGAAAUUUGCGGGCGCCGUGAUCGACCGCCUGUGCCUGGUGGCGUUUAGCGUCUUCAACAUCAUCUGCACCAUCUCCAUCCUCAUGUCGGCUCCAAACUUUGUGGAAGCUAUUUCUAAGGAUUUUGUUUGAGGGGGCAGAGGGGAAAACAGGAAGAAAAAAAAAAAAACACACACGCAAAGGAACGUUUUGGAGAAAAUUAAGUAUGGGAUGUAGAACGGAAAGGGCUCUGAUCCAAGGAAACACGAUUUCCAGCAAACUGUAAGCGCUGUGAUUUGUGAUUGCAAGGAUCUGGGGGAAUGGAAAGAAACUAAUGGUUUUCUUUGCAAUACCUGCUGUUUUGUAACCAAAAAAGAAGAAAACAGAUGAUGAAGGGAACAUGGGGUGAAGUUUAAAUGAAAUUAGAGUGCAGGGUGCUUUAUCAGAUUCUUGACAAGGUGAAAUUGGUUUUUGAGGCCGAUUUGAAAAGGACUUUUGUUUAAAAUUAAAGGGAAAUAUGAGUCUGACAAGGACGCCAAUGCAACCUGAGGUAAUGACGGUCUGAUGUCAGGGAAGACUGUGGGCAUAAAAGAGGAAGAAGAGACAGACAGAUAGGCAGCGACAGAUAAAAGAGACGGAUAUGUGACUGUUUCAUUUCCUCAGUUAUGGGAGACAGCCUCUUAGUCCCACAGGUGGAGAAAAUACUGCAUCACUCAAAGUGAUGUGAGAAGAAGAGGCUUUUACAAGGACACAAAACAAAGAGCAGACGUGAAGGACAUACACUGUCCCUCUGGGAACCUGAGACAGGCAGAGUUUUGGGAAGCUGCUUGAUGCUCGGAUGCACAAAAGAUGACCGAAGAUCAAGCGCGUCGCAUCGCACAGGAACUCAUCUAUUAUUCAAUCACAUUUCAGCUAAUGACAGUGAAAUUGAAAGGCUUUGGAUAAUCCUUCAGACUAACAAGCUUCUCAAAGAUGAACUCCCAUCUCUGCUUGUGAGCCACUUUGAAUCUCCGAGACCUUAUCUCUGUGAGACGAUUGCCAAUCAGAACGCUCCCCAGCGGCUCGCUCUGUGUGCGGCGCGCGUCCCGACCCGGAAACUCGAAUUAGCCGCUCAUCAACAAUGCAGCGGCCCCGUCGCUGUGCCGCUGCGGAGACCGAUGAAAAUUCACGCACCGGUUACUUAACUGCAUCUGGCAGGUCAUAACGGACCAACGACACUCAUUGGAUUUCAUAUUAGAGGUUUAGUAACUCAGGCAGGAGGUCAGGGCUCAGAAAGGACACCAGAGGCAGAAGGAAGAAGAUCAUUAAACGUAGAGGAGCAGGCUCUUGUUAAUUUCCUCUGACUGGUUUGCUGCUUCUUGACAGUUUUAAUUUCAGAAUAUUUUUAUGAAGUUUAAAGAAUAUACGAGAGCGCAAAUCAACACCACAGCCUUCAUGCAGGGAUUUUCAGCAAAAUAUAGCAAGUCUCUCUGCUGGCAGUUUGAAUAGAAACAUCAUCUUAGCUGGGCUUAAUUCAGAAAUAUUAAUGUGGUAACAAUGUUUAUUUAUUAUACAAUUCCACCCUAGUUUUUAUUUAUACCACAGUGGCUUCUAAAGGUAUUCAUACAUCUUGAACUUCACAUUUUAUCCAGUUGCAACCGUAAACUCAGAGGAAUUUCAGUGAGAUUCUAGCUUUGGAUUUGUUUUCAGUGUCAGUACUUUGUAGGACCAAAGCAUCUUUAAUCAGUCAGACUUUACUCUAUUUAAAUACUUUAAUGUUUUUUUUUUUUUGCCAGUUCUCCUCUAUUUGGUGCUAUGCGUCUAAAGCCAUAUUGAUAACAAAAGUAGUGCAUUCAAUUUUUUUCAGAAAGGUUUUCUAAUUUGCACAUUACAUGUUGAAUUAGGUGUUUUUUUUAAAGCAUACUUUUUCUUUUUUUUUGCGAGUGAUUUACACCAAAAACUUAUUUCAGAAAAUAAACUUUCCUCUCACAAUUGAACUUCAAACUGUGUUCAUCGAUAGUUAAUGUUUAGAUUAAAAGCUAAUUAUUUGGACUGGAACUCACGCAUUCAUGGAAAACAUUAAGUGCAUCUUCAUUUCAUAUAAAUUGGGAUGAUAAAAGAUUUAUUCUUCAUCUAGUUAAAAAAAAACACUGGAAUCUAACUUCAACAAAUUCUAGAUUACCGUUUUAAAAAAAACUGAAGAGCUGUUUCAAAAUCACGAACAACCUACUUUUUGCAAUACUUCAGUCUCUGACAUCGUAGUGGAGGGUUUUUGACCCUCUCUUCACAACAAAGUUGCUUCAGUACAUUAAGAUUUGCAGACAUUUGUUUCUCCCUGAAGGCCCCAGCGCAGCAUUUCAAUCAGCCCCAGGUCUGGAUCUUGGCUCGUCCGCUGCAGCACCAUAACUCUUUUCUUUCUCACUCAUUCUGGGGAGGAUUUGCUGCUGCAUUUAGGAUCGUUGCUGCUAUCCUGUUUGGUCUCAUCUGUCAAAAGAACCUUGUUUCCGUAGUCUUGUUCACAAAGUCAUGCUACCAAUGUUUUUUAUAGAGAAGAGGCUUUUCUCUUGGCUUGUACUAUUAUUAUGUAAUUUCAACCUGCAGUAUGCUAGUUGAAGCCUUUCUGAUGAAGCUUUUUGGUUUAUCUCCUCCUGGGAAAAUUGGCAGCUGUCCUAAAUAUUUCACAAUGUUAAUAAUUUCCGUAAUGCCUCUCAGGUUAAUGGGCAGCAGCAAUUACUUCCUGGUGUUUCAGUCAAGUGAUUUUUUUUUUACCAAGACAAAUCAGUUUUUCCUUCUUGUUUUACACGGAUUGUACAUCUUCAGGCCGAUAUGUCACAAAAAACCAACUUGAUUUUAAUGUUAAGGGUUACUGAAUAUCAGUUUCCAAUAAGAAAAAAGAGAUUCUGCUUAAAACAAAACAACAAUCGACCUGAAUUUCUUUUAUAUUUUAGUCCCAAAGUGUACAAAUCACUACAUAAACUACCUUCAAACUGUCAGCAAAGAUACAAAAUCUAAUUGUUAUAGAAGAAGCAAAACAAGAAAAACCUUUAAAACUAGAGAUUGGCAUCAUGAGAAAUAUUUUUGUCACAUCAACAAAUCCAGUUGGAUUUCAUUAAAAUAGUGAACAGAAAUGCUGCGUGUUGCAGUUUCAGCAAACGUCCCUCAACGUUUCAGCUGCAGAUUAAUUUACAUCUGAUGCUCUGGAGAGUUUUUACAGCAGCUGGAUGAUGUAUGUGGGACUGAUUGGGAAUAAAACAAGAGCGCCUCCAUUCAUCCUAAUAGGAAAACAUGACCAGUGCAAUGUGUGGCUUAUUAAUGAGCUUCUAAUCAUGUUAUGACAGGAGGAAAAUAAAUCUCAGCGCUUAGCCUCAGGCUGUGUUUAUUGGUGUUGGACAGAUUUGCUGUUUGGGGUUUUCAUUGGAUCUAGCGACAUGUAUCUACAUUUAUUGCCACUUUGAUUUAUUUAAGAAAGCCAUGAAUAUUUUUGUAGUUUUCCUGGAAACGUUUAAGCUAGAAGUGGCGGAAAAGGAUUCUCCAGACGACUGAGGAGGCUCAGUGGUGAAGUUGAAGGAACCUACAUUCAUUUUGUGAACCUGGAGAAAAGCUACAGCUGCUGGUGGGGCAUUUAUCAUAUUGUUUUUCCUUUAUCGUGGUACAUUUCUUAUGAAAAGUUUGAGUUAUCGUCUUCACAAUAAAUUUCAAUUAAUGAUGUUUCAAUUCCCCCAAAGCUGUUCAUAUUGUCGUAAUUUCUAUUUUUACAAUUUUCUCCGCCAAUGAGAUCAAUAAAUAAGAAUACAUGUAGAAAUAUGAGUGAAUCCAAAUACUGUGUGCAGUUUAGUAAUACACAUCACACUUAUUUAUGUCCUGAAGACAUACAUUUCAAAUGGCUAUGAUUUUCAAGAGCAGUGUGUUUUUGGGAGUUUUUUUUUUUUAUUGCUGUGCCCGUCAAAAAGAAAAAAUAAAUAGUAUCGUCAUGUUUAUCGUUAUCCCAAUAGUACCACCAAAUAUCCUGAUGAAACUUUGUCCAUAUCACCUGCCCCUGGAUACAAUCAUGUCCCCCUGAAACAUUUUGUUGGGAGACUUUGAAAGGUUAUCUGGUGAUUGUAUUUCUAAAUAUGCGUUCCCAGAUAAAAGCCAAGCUCAUGAGCGUGAGAUCGAGUAUCUUGGUGUCCAUUAGUGAUGGCAGGAUGUAGCUGCCAAGUCUGCAGAAUUAUUAGUUCUGCUUCAAUCUGUCAAAGUGAAGGAAACUUAAUUUAUCGGCCCGUCCAUGGUCCAACAACCAUUCCAACUGUAACCUAAUUUCAUCCCAGAUUAAAGUGGAUGAAAUUAACUUCUGCAAUGCAAAAACACAAUAAUAUUACCAACUAUUUUUGGUCUAGUCCAAAUAUCUUAGUAAUCUUGAAAUAGGACAAAUCUAACUUACAAGCUACAAGCAACAGACAGGAACUAGUUUUAAGUAAAUAAUUCCUUAAUAUUGAUGAAAAAGUUCUAGUGAAAUAAUCUGCCAGUGGAACAAAACAUUUUCUUUCCAUAUUAAAAAAUGAGGUGUCGUGUUGCACUGCUAUAUUAUUUUACUUAUAACCAGUAUUUUUUAAAUAUAUUUUGAGGAAUUAUUGACUUAAAAGUGUAGUAAUUUGGACGCCAUCCAGCAGAGGGCGCAUGGUAAUCCUUAACCGGAGCCGUUGUUACAGGAUUAAAGAUGGCGGAGCUACACCAGAACUGGAAAGAGAAAUGGUCCAUAAGUGUCUGAUACAAAACGUUCUUUAUGCGGUUCUGUUUUGAAAAUAUAAACAAUCAACAAGAUCCUUAAGUUUCACCUUAAUAGCGCUCAUUCAGCCUCGCUGUGUAGCAGUUCUAAUCAUUCAAAAAUGACUAAUUUUCUAUGAAGCGCAGGUGUAAUGACAGAAAUAAACGGGCCGAAUAACAGAAAAAUUGUAACGAUUGGAAGAAGCGCGGUCGAUUUUGAGGGCUGGUGAGUUAAUGCACCUUAUGGAGUGAAAUUUUAACUUUCCUUCAAUCCACAUCAGUGACAGACGGUACUUCACAAAAGUACUGAUUCUGUACUUUGUUCAUGGGGGAUUCACAAAUUCUUUUCAUGUUUUAUUUUCCUGUUCAGCAACUUAGAGGUUCCCAUUGAGAAAGUUUAUUCAGUCAAUGUCUAAUGAUGUUUUCUUUUAAUUCAGCAAAUGUAGCCCUUCAUGUUAUGGAAAGACCUUCAGCCCUCUUGAUACAGGAGAAAACUCAGGUUGAAAAGAAGAUGGCCGCUUAUGAAUUAAUUGUUAGUCGAUUAAUCAACUUUAAAUUGAUGAUUAAUAGAUAACUUGCAUCGCUGCUGAAAGAAUGAUCUCUGGUUGUUCUCGCUGAACUUCACUACCCAAUCUCACGGGCAAUAUGGAUGGAUAAACACCGGCUCUUACCUUGAAGGCCAACCACGUACAUUCCUGUCUCUGGCUUCAAAGUGAAGAGCGCCUCUCUUCUUCUGCUGUCUUUCUGUCUCUUCUUCGUCUAACUCAAUUCCACAAGCAGGGAGAAAGUAAACUUCCUGCCUGAGGGUUUGUUAAAGGUUAUUCUCCUUUGAGCACAUGCUGACACUCACAUCUGUACAGAGAAAAUAAAAUAUUCUCUUUUUUCCUACGUCUCGCAGUGCUUGUAUUCCUGCCUUGUGACUGUCCCGACACCCAAAAAGAGGAGAAAAAUGACAGUAAGGGGGAAAGAGGGAGACAGGAAAUGCUUAUGUGUCGGUGGGAGUGGACAGGAUCUUAAUUGAUCACUAGUUCAGGAAGGAAAAGAGGUGGGGGGGGGGAUAUACUGGGAAGGUGCAGAAGAGGAAAGGAGGGUUAGGAAAGAGUGGCAUCCUGGGUAAUCCAUCAGAUUUAUGGGAGGACGGUGGCAGCGGAGAUGUGCGCCCAGACAAGUAUAACUCAGUCACCGGCAUCAAAUUAAAGGUCGCUGCACUUUAUCACACCCAGAGGGAGAAAUAUAUACUCCAGAAAUAAACAGAAAUUAGAAACAUAUCUCUGUGCGUCCACACGCCCAUUGAGGGAAAUGGGGUUUAUGUGCGGCCUUCACUGUGUCACUCAGUCAGUGUGCCAGGAUGAGUAAAGAGUCACCGGUGUAUUUAUAGUAGUGCGCCGGUCCUCAUUCAGGCCGGCCAAGGCUCCCUGCCUGAUGAGCUAACUCGGCGGUGGAAAAAUGUGCAGCGCCAGCAAUCUGGCAGCACUUAGAUUUACUGUGUUCACUCAGAUGGAAAAAAAAAAGGAGAGGGAGGCUGUGGGUGUCCGUGGGGAAGAUGAGCCUACGGGUUUGCCGUACGCACACACUUAAGCGGUUGUUCAUUUAUUUUUUACCCCCCAAACCUACUCUUAUUUACUCCAGGGGUUAACCAGCCUCUUGCGGCUCUCAAAGAUUUAACUACUGCACAUUUUACAAAUCAGAGGCACCUUAGGAAGACAAACUUUUGACAAACUCAAAA